UUUGGUCGAGAGGUGUGGGGGGUGGUCUCCGCGGCGUGGGCUCCCGAGAUGCGAAUGCACCUGCUCGUGCUGCUGGCCGUGGGCCCCGCGGGCUGGGCGGCCGCGACGAGCAGCCUGAGCUUGCGCGGAGACUGGCGGCUGCGCAGCGGGAACGGCUCGCUGAAGCUGCCCGGCGCGGUCCCGGGCUGCGUGCACAGCGCCUUGAUCCAGCAGGGCCUGAUCCAGGAUCCUUACUACAGAUUUAAUGACCUUAACUACAGAUGGAUUUCCUUAGAUAACUGGGUCUAUAGCAAGGAAUUUAAAAUCCCUUUUGAUACUAGCCAUACGCAAGCGCUAACUGGCUUUCUGUCUCUGGAUUUGCCUGGUCUUCAAACUUCACAUGCACUGAAUUGUAGCUUUGAUGUUUCCAACAUCAUCAGUGAUGUGAACUCCCUGGAGCUGCGUUUCCAGUCAGCGGUCCGCUACGCAGAGCGGCAGAGCCAAGCUCAUACCCGCUACCAGGUGCCCCCCGCGUGCCCUCCGCCUGUGCAGAAAGGCGAGUGCCACGUCAACUUUGUGCGAAAGGAACAGUGCUCCUUUAGCUGGGACUGGGGCCCUUCUUUUCCAACCCAGGGAAUCUGGAAAGAUGUGAGAAUUGAAGCCUAUAAUAUUUGUUAUCUGAGUUACUUCACAUUUUCCCCAAUAUAUGAUAACACUGCCCGGGCGUGGAGUCUUGAAAUAGAAUCUUCUUUUGAUGUUAUCAGUUCAAAACCAGUUGGUGGCCAAGUGAUUGUAGCCAUCCCUAAACUACAAAUACAGAAGACAUACAACAUCACUCUGCAACAUGGGAAAAGGACUGUUAAGCUGGUUGUGAAAAUUAACAAGAAUAUUGCUGUGGAAACUUGGUGGCCCCAUGGGCAUGGGAACCAGACGGGGUACAACAUGACGAUUCUUUUUAAACUGGAUGGAGGCUUAAACAUUGAGAAAUCAGCUAAGGUUUAUUUUAGAACAGUAGAACUUAUAGAAGAGCCUAUAAAAGGAUCUCCUGGUCUCAGUUUCUACUUCAAAAUCAAUGGAUUGCCCAUAUUCUUGAAAGGCUCCAACUGGAUUCCAGCAGAUGCCUUCCAGGAUCGAGUAACCUCUGACUUGUUGCAGCGCCUUUUACAGUCUGUGGUGGAUGCCAACAUGAAUAUACUUCGGGUGUGGGGAGGCGGGAUUUAUGAGCAGGAUGGAUUCUACGAACUGUGUGACAAGCUAGGAAUCAUGGUGUGGCAGGAUUUCAUGUUCGCCUGUGCUCUUUAUCCAACGGAGAAGGACUUCCUGAGCUCAGUGGGAGCAGAAGUCACUCACCAGAUCAAGAGAUUGAAGUCUCAUCCUUCUAUCGUCCUGUGGAGUGGCAAUAAUGAGAACGAGGCGGCACUCAUGAUGAACUGGUAUUCUAUAAAUCCCAGUCAGUUGCACACCUACAUCAAAGACUACGUGACUCUCUACGUGAGAAACAUCAGGGCACUUGUCCUGGAAGGAGACAAGACUCGGCCUUUUAUCACAUCCAGUCCUACAAAUGGAGCCAAGUCAAUCGCGGAGGGCUGGGUCUCCCACUACCCGUACAGCAACCAUUAUGGUGACGUACAUUUUUAUGACUACACAAGCGACUGCUGGGAUUGGAAGAUUUUCCCCAAGGCACGGCUUGUGUCUGAAUAUGGCUAUCAGUCCUGGCCUUCAUUUAGCACAAUAGAGAAGGUCUCAUCUAACACCGACUGGUCUUAUAAUAGUACAUUUUCCUUUCAUCGACAACAUCAUGAAAAUGGUAACAAUGAAAUGCUUAGUCAGGUUGAACAUCAUUUCAAACUCCCCAGAAGCACAGAUCCAUUACGCAUGUUUAAAGAUCUCAUCUACCUAACUCAGGUGAUGCAGGCCCAGUGUGUCAAAACAGAAACUGAAUUCUACCUGCGCAGCCGCAGUGAGAUAGUGGAUGGCAAAGGUCAUACCAUGGGGGCACUUUAUUGGCAGCUGAAUGACAUCUGGCAGGCUCCUUCCUGGGCCUCUCUUGAGUACGGAGGAAAGUGGAAAAUGCUUCACUACUUUGCUAAGCAUUUCUUUGCCCCGCUGUUGCCAGUGGGCUUUGAGGAUCAAAAUGUGUUUCAUGUGUAUGGCGUGUCGGAUCUUCACACAGACUGUAACGUCACCCUCACUGUGAGAGUCCAUUCAUGGCAGUCCUUGAAGCCUUUGUGUUCUCUCUCGAUGGGACGUCAUGUGGUUAAAGCAGGACAGUCUGUGCCCCUUUAUAAGGGGCGAGUAUCUAAACUGCUGGCGUGCGGGAACUGUACCAGGCAGAGCUGUGUGAUUUCCUUCUACCUUUCAACUGACCGGAAACUCUUGAGCCCAACAAAUUAUCACUUCCUGUCUUCUCUGAAGUCUGCCACCGGGCUCCGCAAGGCUCAAAUCACUGCCAAUAUCUCCCAGCAAGGUGACACAUUUGUUUUUGAUCUGGAAACCUCAGCUGUGGCUCCCUUCGUGUGGUUGGAUGUUGGAAGCAUCGCUGGGAGGUUUAGUGACAAUGGCUUCCUCAUGACUGAGAGGACCCGGGCUGUGCGGUUUUACCCCUGGGGACGCACCAGCACGAGUGAACUGAAGCAGUCUUUUCAUGUGACCUCCCUGGCAGAUAUUUCCUGAAGGAGACCAGGUUGGGUUUCCAGUGGGAAAUGGGGAAUAGAGCCUGAAGAGGCUGGGAGACCCGGCUGCUUUCUACCACCUGUCUGACUGAUCACCAUGAGUUUGUUUGGGGAGGGCUGUUUUAACAUGACACAAUUGGUUAUAACGACACUGCUUUCAGGGACCACAGGAAUGUAACAGGGCAGGUGUGUGGAACCUGAGGUUCUGAGGGAAUGUUGAUCUUUGAUAGUGUUGAGAAAUACUGAAGAAUCAAAACCAAUCCCUUGACUCUGUGUGUGUGUGUGUGUGUGUGUGUGUGUAUACUGGAGCUUGAACUCAUGGCCUGGACACUG